AUGGACCUGGGGGAUCCGAUGAUGUCGGUGAAGAAGAUGAAGGCAAUCUUCCGGAAGUAUGACACGGAUGGGGAUGGGACGAUCAGCCGGGGUGAUCUGGAGAAGAUCUUGCGCAAACUGAUCCCGGGCAUCUCCCAAAUUGAUCUGGAUUUGAUCUUCCGAAAGAUCGACAAGAACUUCAACAACUUGGUGGAGUAUGAUGAGUUCGUGAACCUCUUGUUCUUCGACCCCAUCGCGGAACCGGUGCGAACGCCCGCGCACCAUGUGACCAGAGAGGCGGCCUAUGUGAUCUUUCUCUUUUGGCAGCAAGCCUCCAGAGCCACUCCCUGGUCGGCCAUGGUUCAUUCCAUGGAUGUGCAUGCACUACUGGGUGCUGUGGAGCACCGAAGCAAAGCCCUGGAUGCUGUGCGCCAUCGGAUUCAACGGCUGGAAGGCGAAAUCUUUGACUUGGUGUCGAAAGUAGAGGAGAAGAUGAUCUCCAGAAUCUGCAGCUCCGAGGUCAAACAUAAGCUGCACGAGUCUGAGCGCGAGGUUGAUCAGGAGACCUUCGUGAAGAUGGUUUGGCCAAGGAUCAAGCGUUUCGACUUGAAGUUCGUGCUGGGCUGCUUGCGAAGAUUCUGGGCCCAGGAGAGCCUCAUGUCCAUCCUUCGCGAGGUGGCCAGGCAAAAGGAAGCUGGUAGAGAGAACCCUGAAGUGGGUAUCAACGUCGCAGAGAUGAAGAAGAUCUUCGACGUGCUGGACGAAGACGACGACGGUGCUCUUUCGAUCAAAGAGAUGGUGCAACAAGGUAACUUAGAGGUGAAAGACGCCUUAUAUUUCUCGGAGCUCCUGGACAAGGGGCAGGAUGGCGAGGUGAGCCUACAAGAGCUCAUGAACCUGGUCGUGGGGAACGGUUCUGGCGAAGUGAUGGAAACCAUGAAGGGCCUCUUUGCCGCUCGCGCCAGCCUGGCGGAGGGCGGAAGGUGA